GGCUAACCGGUUAACUCCACUUGACUGAAGAGUUAGCUAAUGAUAUUCUUCUUUUCUUAUUUUACUCGAUAGUUUGUUGAAUAGUUUCCUGUAACAAAAUGGACACGUCUGUAAUUCUGCCUGUCGAGGCAGAGGCGUUUGUUCAAAGUCUGGAAACUUUCUCUGUCAAGGAGGUGGGCUCUGAGAGGUGGUUCAGACAGCACGAGCACAUCGAGAAACUCAACAUGCAGGCGAUACUGAAUGCUUCUGCUAUGCACCAUGAGUUCGUCAAAGAGCACCUGGUGUCCUAUGGAAAGAUACCUGUUCUGGUCCAUGAAAUGAUCCUCAUUGAAGUGUGGAAGCACAGAGUGUUCCCCAUCUUAUGUCAGCUGCAGGACUUUAAUCCCAAGAACACAUUUCAGCUGUACAUGGUGAUCCACCAUGAAGUCACGAUCAUAAACCUACUUGAAACGAUAAUGUAUCAUAAGGAUUCAUGUGACGCAGCUGAUGACUCUGUUCUUGACUUGGUGGAUUACUGCCACCGCAAACUCACCUUACUGGCGAGCAAAGCGACCAGGGAGGGCACAACAACUCUUGACCAACACAACCUGAGAGGAGAAGCAGUUGUAUCCACUAUAGAGGUACAGACAUCUGAGAUUUGUUGUUCUUUCUUUGGUCCUUCUAUUACUAAAUGUGAUCAGUCACAUCAUUCUUUUCACUUGUUGAAGGAGUUGCAGGUGCAGAGUGCUGCACUGGAGUUUGAAAUCUCCCUGAAGGCUGUGUCUGUGCUGCGCUACAUCACUGAUCACACCGAGAGUGUCAGUGUCAUCAACCGCAUGCUGUGCACACAUAACCUGCCUUGCGUCUUGGUUCGGCUGAUUGACUGCUGCCCUUGGAGUCGCUAUAAAGAAGGUGAAGUAGAAAAGUACAUCAGUGGCAGAUGGCAGAAGAUCCCUGCUGAGGACCGUUUAAAGAUGACAAAACUAGACGGUCAGGUCUGGAUUUCUCUUUACAAUCUGCUGCUGAAGGAAGACUGCCAAAGGAAAUAUGAAUUCAACAGUUUCAACAAGAAUCAGCUUCUGAAGCUGCGGGGUUUCUUGACGGAGGUGUUGGUUGAUCAGCUGCCAAACCUGGUGGAGCUGCAGCGUUUCCUGGCUCACCUGGCCGUUACAGACCCUGCCCCUCCAAAAAAGAGCCUCAUUCUGGAACAGAUCCCAGAAAUGUGGAACCACAUUGUGAGUGAGAAUUCUGGGAAGUGGAAGGCAAUAGCAAAGUAUCAAGUCAAAGAAACGUUCAGCCCGUCUGAGAGUGACCUGAGGCAGCAGGCACAGAGGUUGGCCCAGAUGUACAAUUUGGAUCUGAUGGAGAGUUUACUCCCCGAGAAGCCAAAGUGUGGAUCCUGUGGGAAAGAGGCUGCAAAGAGAUGCUCUCGAUGUCAGGGAGAGUGGUACUGUCACAGAGAAUGUCAGGUGAAGCACUGGCCUAAACACAAGAGAGCCUGCCAGCUUAUGGCCGAGGCCACAGAGAAGAUCCAGAGGGACCUGCACAUCAACAGCUAAUGAAGAGAGACUGCUGACACACAUGAAACAACUGGUGAUGGACGAUAGACUGUUGAGUCACACAAUGGGAGGGGAACAGAUCUGCAUGUUCACGACGCUAAUUCAGAUUCCUAUACAUUUUUGAAAUUCUCUCAAUGCAGGAAAAGUUUAUGCCCAGUUAUAAAGUGUUAUUGUUCCUUUUGUUUUGAAUACUGUAAUGUUUGUUUAUGAUUUUGUGUUUGUCAUUUGUGUUUAAUGAAACCUUGCUUCACUGUCAAGACUCCUGAACUCCUUUGAUUUUGUUAUUCAACACAUUAGAGGUGCAUUUAACUUCAUUACACCAGCAGCAAAUAAA